GGUGCCGGGCCCCGUUCCGGUCCCGCCCCGCGGCUGCGCGGCCCGGAGCGAGCGGAGCGAGCGGCGAUGGUGCCCGAGCUGGGGAAAGCCACGGUGCGGAUCCGGCAGCCCGAGCGAGUGCGGGAGAUCAUCCAGGCUCUCCGGGAGCAGGGGGCGGCCAAGCUGCAGGUGAUUUCUGACUUUGACAUGACACUGAGCAGGUUUGGUUGCAAUGGCAGGCGCUGCCCCACGUCUCACAAUAUCCUUGAUACCAGCCGAGUUAUCAGCGAGGAUGGCAAGAAGAAGCUGAAGGAUCUGCUCCACUAUUACUAUCCCAUAGAAAUAGAUCCCAACCGGACCCUGGAAGAGAAACGUCCCCUCAUGGUGGAGUGGUGGACCAAGGCCCAUGAGCUGCUGGUGCAGCAGAAGAUCCACAAAAGUGACAUUGCCCAGAUCGUCAGAGAGUCAGAAGCAAUGCUCAGGGAUGGCUUCAGGGAGUUCUUUGAUCAGCUGCAUAAGAACAAGAUCCCCCUGUUCAUCUUCUCGGCUGGGGUUGGGGAUGUCCUGGAGGAGAUCAUCCGUCAGGCCAACGUCUUCUACCCCAAUGUCAACGUGGUGUCCAACUACAUGGCCUUCAGUGAUGAGGGAGUCCUCACACACUUCAAGGGGCCCCUCAUCCACACCUACAACAAGAACAACUCCGUGCUGCAGGGCACAGGGUACUUCCAGCAGCUGAGCACCAGGACCAGCAUCAUCCUGCUGGGGGACUCCAUGGGUGACCUGACCAUGGCAGACGGCGUUCCCAGCGUGGAGAACAUCCUCAAGAUUGGCUUUCUCAAUGACAAGGUGGAAGAGAGGAGGAAGAAGUACCUGGACUCGUAUGACAUCGUGCUGGAGAGUGAUGAGACCCUGGACGUGGUGAACGGGAUCCUGCGGUACCUCCUGGCUGAGACAUGAGCUGGGGGCUCUGUGCCAGCUCCAGCCACACAGCAGGCACUGGGCAGGGAUUGUCCUGCCCAGGACACAGCUGAGGGGCUGCUGGGGCUGCCUGGGCUCCAUCCUGACCUCACCGAAGCCCUCGGCCAGCCCUGGAGCAGCAGAGGUGAGGUGGAGGAAGCUCCUCCUCUCCCUUUACCCCAGCUCUGCCUGGCCCUGCAGUUCCCCACCCUGACUGACUCUGCCCUGCUCAGGCUUCAUCCCACUGGGAAUUCACCCCUCCACCUCCUGAGGCCACAACAAACCAUUCCAUGUUCCAGACAGAGAUGUUCUGCACUGCUCAUCCCACCCUCUUGAGGGUGGGAUGGAGAUAAUUUCACCAUGGGCUGAGGACAGAGCCAGUUCAGAUGUGUCACUGUGUUCCUGGCUAAGAAAACAACUUUUUCUCUUUGUCCUGUUCUCUGUGGGCUUCAGAGCUCUGGGGCUGCCUCUGGGCUGGUGUGGCCAUCACAUCACCCAGCCCCACAUUCCCCAUGUGCACCAGCAGCUCUGUGGCCUCAUAUCUCAGCUCAUCCAUCCUUUUAGCACCAGUACAGCUCUUAUUGUGGGAAUAAAACCUUUUCCAGCCGUCCCUGAAGGCCCCAGAGCUCAGCUGCUGCUGCUGCCCAAAGCCAGGAGUGAGUUUGUCUGCAGGGAUCAGAGGGGUGGGAAUGGUAGGGGGGAGAGGCCAGUGGCAGAAUUUUGAAUUUUAAACAAUGUUUUACCUGACUGUGUUUGUGUAAUAAAUUUCUGGGCUGAUCCUGGGCUCUCAGAGCAGCAAUAGGAAAAGAGACCAUUUUAUUUCUGUGUAGCCUCUGGUUAUGUGGGACUUUGGGAAGAGCAGAUUUGUUCUGUUUUUGGAAUAAAAACACAACUGGCUAAA